CUUCCUUUCUUCUUCCUCUUCCUCCUCACUUCCUCUCUCUUUCCCUUCUCCCCGUCAACUCCACCCAUCUGCAUCUGCAUCGACAUCACCAACCCCUUUUGUUUUGUUCUGUUUUGUUUUAUCUCUCAGAUUCAGUUUUCUAUGAUUCAUCUCGAUCGGCACAUCCUCUUCAAGUGAUUGCUGCACCAGAAGGAUGCCCACCAGUUCGAUCAUUCUGGAUUCGCCCAUUCCUCCUCAUCUCGAUCUGGCCGGGGCGCCUUCGCAGCUCUUCCAAGUCCCUCCCUCGCCGUCAGCUUCAUCGGCGCUGUAUCGCUCUAUCGCCGUCCCGCCUCGCAAGAGGGCUCGUCCCAACCUCGACCAACGCUCUUCUUGGCUGCAAAUCGAUGGCGCCUCUAGCCCUACUGUCCCGUCGCUGAUCGGCCCCGACGACCUCCCGCACGGCGCCGAUGGUAUCGUCGACCUCGACUAUCGACCCAGCCGGUAUCGCGAGCCGGCCCAUCCAUUCCCUCUCGAUGCCAGCAUCGACUCUCUCAGCGAGGCCGGCGGUCUUCGUCGCAAACGCAGUCGACGGGACCCUUCCCUGAUCGCUGCCUCUCCCACCGGCCCGGAUGAAAAGGGUAUUCCUCCGAACGUCACACCGGACCCCUCCGAUGCCGCACCCGUCCGCUGGAGCAAGGCUGUCCUAGGCGUGGUCGGAAAGGUGUGGGAUUUCUGCUGGUCCGGAGCGUUUCGGGGGUUCUACGCCGGCGGCGGUCGCGGAUACAACAUGAGCAGCGAGGAGGAUGCUCUCUCGCCCUCGUUCCCCUCCCCGGCCAGCGAGAAAGAAUCCCUGCCGGCCACUCCCACCGCCCACCUCCGUCAGCGUCAGCGUCAGCGGGGACCAUCCACCCCUCGCCCCGGCGAGUAUCCCGACGAGGAUGAUCUACAGCGCAGCUGGGUGAUGGUUUCAGCCGGCAAGUCGUCCAGCCCGUCGUCCUCGCUCGCCACCAAUCGCAGCACCACUCCCCGGCGGGGAACCCGCCGGGCGACAACCGCCGCCCACCACGCCUCACGUCGGGGCCGCCCCCACAACAAGCGGGUGCUGACGUCGCAUGCGCCGUCGCUGCCGAGUCAACCCUACUUUUCCUCGCCGGCCAUGCCGCGAGAGAGUCCAGUGUCUGUGGACACGCAGCGUCAUAUGGCGGAGAUGCGUCGCAUGGAACGCGAGGGGAAUGCCAGCAUGCGGAGGAUGGAGAAGAAGCUCGAGGCGCUGAUCCGCGAGGGUACCCAGGCGCUGGCUACACGCGUGGAGGUAACCGACUUGGACAUGGAAGAUUAAGGCCCUCUUCUUGGAUGACACACAAACUGAUACCCUUCCUUCUUUUGUUGUUAUUUGGACUCUUGCUUUUUGUUGUUAUACGACCUCGUCACGCUCUUUACGAUUCGACACGACAGCGAUGGAAAUUCGGUUGAUGAUUGCAUGACUAAAACGAGUGCUUUUUUUUGACACCAGAGGUCAGGCUCGAAGCAAACUGAUUCUCUGUGUGUAUGAGACGGCCUACUUUUACAAGAACCAUAUUCUUAUCUCACGAAUAGUUCCCUGAACAAACCUUACGAAUGACAUGUCUACUUUGCUGCUCGC